CCCACUGCAAUUGAAAUUGGUUGCCCAUAUACACCUUGCCGAAGAACAGAAUCAUCCAAUUCAGUUGACUUAAUUUAUUGUCGAUAUCAUCAACCAUCAAUUCUUUUGUCACCUUCUAUUAAUUUACAAAAAGCUGGUGAUAUAGCUGCUGAAUUCUCGAAAUGGGAUAGAGAUUUUCUGUUAGAACAUAAAGUUCAAUGUCAAAAUUAUCGUAAUGAUAGUGAAGAGAUUAAAAAAAAUAAAACGUAUGGCAUAUUAGCAUCAUAUCAUCCAUGUGGAGUUGCAGUCGGCUUUACAGAAGCAAUUAAAGCUGAGGCUAAAAAGAGUAACAAGAAUUCUACUCGAAAAGAUCAAGGACCAACAAGGAUAUCAUCAAAUAAUAAUAAUAAUAAUAGUUCAUCAUCAUUACUAUCAACAAGUUUGUCAUAUGAGAUAUUAUUAGAACAUAGUAAAAUGUUACAAGAAGAUAUUCGAUGUUUACGAGAUGAAAAUGAAUAUCUUAAAAAAACAUUGAUGUCUAAGCCAACAGAUGAUGCAACAGAUUUUUCUCUUGAAAUACCUCGAUUGAUAAUCAAUGAAUCGAAUGAUAUGUUUAAAAAAAUCGAAAAAUGUUAA